CACUGCUAGAAUUCUAGACUAACUACCACGAGUUCAAAUCAGACAUUUAGUCGGUUGUCGGUACUCGGUUCGGUGACGGCGUGGUUACAGUCUUGAACUACCCAAUUGAUUUGUUUCGGUUUUUAAUAUGGUUUAUGUCAACAGAAAUAUUGAUUUUAUUUUUAUAAGAACAUAUUAUACUGUUGGAGAAAUUUUUUUUGUUGAAAACUAUUGAUCACAGUUAAUGGUAAAAUCGAGGAGCAUGAAGUGGUUUCAGAAAAACACGGAAGAUGCAGCACCACGGUUGCUUAGUCUCUCGCCGAUUCGAAACUACGAUUCGGGUGAUCCUGAUUAUUCGGCUGAGAGAUAUUACAACUUACCACCAGGACCUAGGAGGUCUAGAUUAGACGCCUCUCCAUUAAGAUUAGAGAGGUCCGAGUAUAAUCAAGACAUAAAUUGUUACAAUGUCCGAAACCGAACAAUUGUGAUGCAAAGUGCACGUAACAAGCAAACCAAAGAAAAACGAAAUCCUCUGUUAGACCAAGUGAAACAUACAGGUCUUACACAUUUCAAACCUAAUACAACGAAUAAAAACUAUCAAGAGGACAAUAUUUGCACAGUUGGCGUUCGUCGUGAUGACGUCGAUGUUGCUGAUGAUGAGGAUGAUGAUAAUUCAACAAUAUCUGGUAGAUUGAAGGCUAUUUCAGAAAGAUAUUUAAAAUCAUCUACUCAUAGAUUUUUAGCCAAAUUUUAUAAGAACUCUUCUAGCAAAACCAAUAAAUCAACCGAGACCGAAGAAUCGAGUUCAGGUGAAAACAAAAUAAAUAAGGUCAAGUUAAGAAGUUUUUCUUACGGUGCGUUACCCGGCUUGGACGAAUUUCGGAAGAGAAUAGCAGAAACGGCGGCAGAAAAAACGACCUGUACACCGGAAGACGAUGACAGUGGCAUACUACUAAAUGAUCCACCGAUCGAUACUGUCAAUGGAAACACAGAAAAUGGUACACAAGAUUACUGUUUUAGGAGCGCUUCUCAGUAUGGCAUAAAGCGACAUUAUGCAUUUAGUUUACUGCCUGAUAACAAUAAUCAAUCAUCGAACACUCUACAACCGAGAGCCAAUAAAAAUAAGGAAUACAGAGUGGUCCAAUUGAAUAGGGAUAAUCCAGAACAGGUUCUAGGUGUUCGGAUUAAAGAAAUACGGUCGGAGAACAGUUUCGGCUAUGUGGUCGUCAAUAUUGUGUCAGGAGGAGUGGCUGAUCGGACCAGCAGUCUGGAAGUGGGCGACCAGAUAGUGAAUGUCAAUGGUCGCCGCCUGGCCGGAUUGGAUGCGGCCGAUGCCAACCGAUUACUUAAUGACGGAUGCAGCGUGGUACACCUUCUGGUUACAAGACGUGACCCGGAGGACCAGACCACGGACUCCACCACCGACCGACCGCGGGCGAGGUUGCCCGAGACAUCCGUGGACUACGACCACAGCAGUGGAAGCUGCGGGGCGCCGCCCGUCCAAAAGUACAACAAGAACGGACAAACAUUAGUGUACAUAACGCCACCUCCACGCCCACGAUUAGCCAACAAGAGCAAUACCAACGUGUCCACUGUGUACCUUAAGGGCGACGGCAGUGGCGGCUUCAGUGGUGACAGUUACGGUGGUGACGGUGUGGAUGGUGGUGGCGGGGAGUUCGCUGGCACGGAUUGCACGACGUUUUGCACGUUGCCGCGGCGGCCGAGGUCGACGGUGUGCACGUUCCACACGUUUGUGCUCGAAAAGGGUCCGGGCAAAAAAGGUUUGGGAUUCACAAUUGUCGGCGGCAAAGAUUCGCCGAAAGGAGCCAUGGGCAUAUUCAUCAAAAGCAUUUUGGACAGUGGUCAGGCUGCGGAGGACGGAAGAUUAAAACCUGGAGAUGAAAUACUAGCAGUUAAUGGAAAUGUUUGUCACGACUUGACUCAUUCAGAAGCUAUAUCACUAUUUAAGUCGUUUAAAAGCGGUUCUAUUGCUCUACAUAUUUGUCGUAGAUCUAAAGCAUCAAAUAGAACUACCAAAGCCAAGUCAUGUACGAAUCUAUUGAACGAUGACAACGCAGGAUCGGAUUAAGAGCAGUGAUGUUUUUCUUUAUUUUUUUAUGGUUCCAAUCGUUACAGUCUAGUCCAAGGCGUCAAUUAGAAAUUAUGUUAUUUUUAUGGUUAACUUACGACCUCACAAAAUAUGUAAAAUAUAGAUUUACAUCGCGCCAUAAUGAUAUAUAAAUACCAUUUCUUACGUCUCAUCUUAUAAUUGAGUAGCCAUAAUUUUUGUAUACCUAUAUGUUUAUAAUACUUAUGAAAAUCGAUAUUAAUUCGGUUAUUUAGUUCCUAUAAUUAUCCAGACGUUUGCGAAUGUCUAGAAAAUGUCUACAGUAGUUUUUCAGUCUUACUAAAGAUUAAACAUACCUAUUUGUUUUAUAUUAUCAGAUAAAAUUCAACUACAUAACUAUUGUAUCUUUUGAUAAGUACCUACUAAAUACUAAUGAUAGUUAUAAUAUACUAGAAAUUCUAGAUAAAAAUAUAAAAUGUUGUUUUUGUUCUAUUGUUGAAUUAAAGAUUUGUAUUAAUACUAA